CCCGGAGAAGGGGGAGCCUGGGCAUUGGGGACCCCUGGAAUCCCCGGGCCAAGAAAGUGGAGAAGGCGGAGAGGGGGAACGUCUGGGAACCCGGCCCCCUGAAGCAGAGAGUGAGGGGAGAAGAGACCCCUGGGACCCCCAAAAGCCCCGGCAUCCCUAAGCGGGACCCCCAGCAGCCCAGAGAGGGGAGAGCCCAGAAGGUAAAGGUGCAGAGAGCAGAGAGGGGGAACUUCAGGGAGGGUUUUUUUGAGCUGAAUGUUCAUAUUUUGGAGUAUUUUUUUUGCCGACUCUUGAUCUUUUGCAAAUUUGCGGGGGGUUUGUGCGGGUUAUUUUUCCCAAAUCUUGUUGUUUUCUUUUUUUCUGGGCUGAAUGUUGGUGUUUUGGAGGUUUUCAGGGACACAGGAUGCCCGGUGAGUUCCAGAGAUGGACUUGGGCAACACACUCACCCCCUUUUUUCCCCCCCCAGCAGGAUUUCUGCUUCCCAAAGCUUGGGCGGAUGGAGGAGGAGGCUGCGAGGAAGAGGAAGAUGCCGCGGGCCCCCCAGGCAGGCCCCGAGGUGAGGCCGGAGAGCGCGGAGGACAAAUCCCGGCGGCAGAGCCUGGUGGGAGAGGCCGUUUUGAAGGGCUCCCCGGCGCAGGAAGGCAGCGGGGAGGAAAAGGGCCAGAGAUGCCCCCGCAGGAGGGGCUCCAAAGCCAGCCCAGGGAGCUGUGAGGAGGAAAGAGCCAGCGUGUGCCGGGAAGGCGUCCGGAGCUUGAGGUGGAGCUGCGAGCUGGUGGUCCCUGAGCAGCCUCCCAGCAGGGAAAAGCCCUUCAGGUGUUUGGAAUGUGGGAAGAGCUUCAGCAAGAGCACUGACCUUCGCAACCACCGUCGCAUCCACAGUGGGGAAAGGCCCUACACGUGUGGGGAGUGUGGGAAGAGCUUCAAACGGAGCUCCCACCUCCUCAGCCACCAGAUGAUCCACAGUGGGGAACAGCCCUACACAUGUGGGGAGUGUGGGAAGAGCUUCAGGCAGAGCUCCACCCUCCGCACCCACCGUCGCAUCCACGCUGGGGAACGGCCCUACACGUGUGCGGAAUGUGGAAAGAGCUUCACCCUCCUCUCCCACCUGCUCCGACACCAGAUGAUCCACAGUGGGGAAAGGCCCUACACGUGUGGGGAGUGUGGGAAGAGCUUCAAUCAGAGCUCCCACCUGCUCCAACACCAGAUGAUCCACAGUGGGGAAAGGCCCUACAUGUGUGAGGAAUGUGGGAAGAGCUUCACUCAGAGCUCCCACCUGCUCCGACACCAGAUGAUCCACAGUGGGGAAAGGCCCUACACGUGUGCGGAGUGUGGGAAGAGCUUCAGGGACAGCUCCAGCCUUUGCAAACACCGUUGCAUCCACACCAGGAAAUGGCCCUACAAGUGCUUGGAAUGUGGGAAGAGCUUCAGCACAAGCACCAAGCUGCUCAGCCACCAGCACAUCCCCACUGGGGAACAGCCCUACACGUGUAGGGAAUGUGGGACAGCUCCACCCUCUACACCCACCGUCGCCUCCACAUCAGGGAGAGGCCCUUCCACUGUGGGGAGUGUGGGAAGAGCUUCACGCAGAGCUCUUCCUUGACCUCCCACCAACGGACCCACCGGUAAGAGAAGCCCCGAGUGCCCCGACUGUGGGAAGAGCUUCGGCCGCUGCUCCAACUCCAUCAGCCAUGGGAGGACCCGCAUUGGAUGAUCCACAGGGACCCCCGUUGGGCACAGACCUGGUGUGCUGGUUUUAAGGUAAACGAGCAGGGGAAAUGACAGCGGUGACAUCACGGGGACAUCGAUGACAUCACAUGGACAUUGGUGACAUCACGGGGACAUUGGUGACAUC